AUGACGGGUCAGGCAAGGCUUGCAAGGCGCGCGUCCAAGUCGGUGACUGCGAUCAAGAAGGCGUCCAAGAAGGCACUGUCUUUGCCCAAGUCGGCUUUCGCCUUGCCACAGCAGCUUAAGCAGACUGCCUCAGCGCCCCUCCAGAGCACCAACCAUAUGCAGCUGUGGCUGCGCACCGUCCCCACCCCGCUCGGUCCCUUUUCGCUUUAUGUGGAUGCUGACGGUGCCGUGCGCUGCUGUCACUGGCAGCGCAGCAUGCCUGGAGACGCCGCUGCGCUUCAGACUGAGGCGCAGGAGGUUUGCGCCACAAUGCAGUCCCGGUGGUACAAGAAUGCGACCGUUACAGUGGCUGGCGUGUGGGCUGAUAGCGCCGAUAGGGUGUCGGGGGUGCCCGGGGAAAGCGCAGUUGCGCUCUUGAGGGAUUAUUUUAAUCCACCUACGGCGAAGGCUGGCCGUCCCGAAGAGUUGGAGCGCCUCCUGAUGCAGGUGCCGAUCGUCUACCCGCCCACCACCACCUUCAUGGCGCAGGCGUGGGCGACUCUGCGCGACACUGUUCCCUCCGGCGCAACCAUUUCCUAUAAGGGGCUAGGAGUUCGUGUGAACAAGGCACUGCAUCUGCCUGCGUCGGCUGCAGUGGCACCCCGCGCCAUUGGUGUGGCGAUGGGGGCCAACCCCAUACCCGUUAUUGUGCCAUGCCAUCGUGUCUUGUCGUCGACGAACUCGCUAUGUGGGUACGGGCUCGGGCUACGCUUCAAGGUGUGGUUACUGCGACACGAGCAGGCAGACGUUGCGGCGGAGAAGCUGCGCGUAGGCGAAGAGGAGAACGCUGUGAGCACUGUGGCUUCUCGUCAUUGA